AUGGUGGCUAAAAGGUUGACAAUACUGGUGGCACCCAUGGAGGGCGUGGGUCACGUGAACGCGUGUAUCGGUUUGGCACAAGUGCUGCAGAGUCGCGGCCAUAGGAUAGUCUUCGUGGCCGACCAGUCGUUUGAGGGACUGUUAUCUCCGUAUGGCUUUACAGAGGAAAUACUGGCGUCUGAAGAGAAGGACAAACUGCCCGGAGAAGUGAUGGCCAAAGUGCUACUCGAGUCGGGUUUCCUGUCGGGGGCGUCGCCGAUGGAAAAGCUAAAAGUCGGUCAAAACAUGAAAUUUGCGGAGAUUUUAGUGAAUAAGAUGCGCGCAAAUGAGCCAAAACUUCAAGCGAUUGUCGCCAAAUAUAAUCCGGAUCUCUAUGUGAUCGACGACUUCAUUGGUUCGCCCACUUUGAUCCACUCGAAUAAGCCGUGGGUUUACAUGUUUUCCGGGAAUCCAUUGUUUGUAUUAAGAGAUGAUAAGACACCACCCGGGGGUUCAGGUUUCGCAACAAAUGGAGACCGAAGUGAUUGGAAAGCAUUUCGAGAACUGUCUGACAAAGAGUUUUCAAAAAUGAAUGUUCAUUACAACAAAUGGAUGACAGACGAGGGUCUCCCUACCGUUCCCAUGGAUGGAACACUACUCACAUCCCCGCACCUCAAUAUCUACGGCUAUCCCGAGGAACUGGACUACACGGACGUCCGUCCCCUACCGGACCGGUGGCUCAGAGUCGACGCGUUUAUGCGGAACGGGGAACAGGAGUUCGCAAUUCCCGACAAAUUCCUCGACAGAGACCCCCAGAAAUCUAAACUCAUUUACCUGUCGAUGGGAUCCAUGGGUUCAGUGGACGUGAAUCUCAUGAAGAGAUUUGUGGCAAUUCUGUCGAAAUCGGAGCACAAGUUCAUUGUCUCGAAGGGAGUCCUCGGGGAUAGCUAUGAGUUGGCGGACAACAUGUGGGGCCAGAAGUCGGUCCCGCAAACUAAAGUCGUGCCGAUUGUGUCGCUGGUUAUCACACACGGAGGCAAUAACUCCGUGACCGAGACAUUCAGUUACGGGAAGCCUAUGAUAGUUAUGCCCCUAUUUGGCGAUCAAUACGACAACGCGCAGAGAGUGCAGGAAAAGGGGUUUGGGAUUAGACUCAACCCAUACGAGUGUACGGAACGGGAGUUAUUGACAGCGAUUGACAGUCUAUUGAAUGAUAAGGAUAUGAACGAGAGAUUAGCCGUCGCUUCGAAACGAAUGCUGAGCUCUCAUAGCAUUCAUAGGGUGUCCGAAGUCAUCGAAAGUCUUGUCAAAUAA